AGGGAUCUUUUAAAGUGGUUGAGCUAUAACUCAGCUGCGGCGUUGACUCACUCUCCUUACAAUCCUCAUGCGACCCAAUUCUCAGCUCCUCUGAGGAUCAUCUGGGUUUCUUGCUCAAGGGGUUUUCAAUGCAACUUUUGGAGGACAAAAGCUUGGCCAAAGAAUCAUGGGUUUUGCAGAAACAAAAUAGAAUCAAGAUAUUCAUAUAACAAGGGAAUGCCGUGCUUCCGCUUCUCGGCAUGGGAAAAGGAAGAGCCUCGGGCAAAAAAGUCCCCAUCGGCUAGGUCAAGCAGCACAACCUCGACCGAUCGUGAUGUGAGGAGAUCGGGCUCUGACUUGUCAUUAAAUACAUCAGAUAUUAGUGUUGAAUCUUUUGGGAGGUCCCCUUUCCCUAGUUUCUGGCAAAGGCCGAACAAUCUCAGGAUUUUUACCUUUCAAGAGCUCAGGAAUGCUACGAGGAAUUUUAGCCGUUCAUUGAUGCUCGGAGAAGGUGGAUUUGGGUGUGUUUAUAGGGGUGCGAUUAAGAGCCUCGAGGAGCCGAUCAAAAGAAUUGAUGUUGCUGUAAAACAAUUAGGGCGUAAAGGGCUGCAGGGACACAAGGAAUGGCUGACAGAAGUAAAUGUUCUUGGCGUGGUGCAGCAUCCAAAUCUUGUUAAGCUAAUCGGCUACUGUGCCGAAGACGAUGAAAGAGGGACUCAACUGUUGCUUGUGUAUGAAUUUAUGCCAAACAGAAGUGCAGAUGACCAUUUAUCACCAAGAUCUCCUAAACCUCUUUCUUGGGUCAUGAGACUAAGAAUAGCUCUAGAUGCUGCUCGUGGCUUGAAGUAUCUGCACGAAGAGUCGGAAUUUAAGAUAAUAUUUCGUGACAUGAAGACGUCCAACAUUCUUCUGGAUGAGCAUUGGAAUGCAAAAUUAUCCGACUUUGGGUUGGCUAGACUUGGACCAUCAGAAGAAUCGAGCCAUGUUUCUACGGCGGUAGUAGGAACCAUCGGAUAUGCAGCUCCUGAAUACAUCCACACUGGGCGGCUCACCACCAAGAGCGACAUUUGGAGCUACGGUGUGGUUCUCUACGAACUCAUCACUGGCCGCCGCCCCAUGGACAGGAACCGGCCAAGGGGUGAGCAAAACCUCUUGGAAUGGGUGAAGCCAUUUGUAUCUGACGUGAAAAAAUUCCCCUCAAUUAUCGAUCCAAGAAUCGAAGGAAACUGCUCUGUAAAAUCUGUGACCAAGCUCGCUUUUGUGGCGAACCGGUGCUUGGUGCGGCAUCCGAGGUCUCGGCCCAAGAUGAGCGAGGUGGUAGACAUGGUCCAAAAGAUACUUGAAAAUGUGGAGACCGGAACCCUGGAGGUACCGCGGAGAAUCUCUUCCGAAGAAGAAAGGAAGAAAAAAGGGCUAGACUUGAAAAAGAGGCUCGCAGAUUUAAAGGCGGGCGAGGUAAAAUGGAUUAUGUGGACAGGUUGGAGAGCAAAGCUGGUAAAAACACACUGAGCCAAUAUCAAAGAGAAGGUUUGUGGUGAUCAUACAUUGAAGAUCAGAUUUACUACAAUAGUAAAUUGCCGUAAAUAAUGAUGAUUUAUUUUCCUGUUUUAAGGGGUUAAAUGCAUAUUGUGCAAUCACCAAAAUUGCAGAAUAAUGUUGGGUUGUUGAUGUUAAUACGGGGCAAGAGUAAAUUGCCUCUGGCAUAUCAGAUGAUGUAAAAAUUAAUGAUCAUUUUCAUGCUAUACCUACAAGUUUAUGUAGCACCUUGUGCAUAUAACUUUUCUCUGCUAAGAAUGAAAAAUUUCUCUUAUUGUGCUCCGUCGGUAA